GCGCUGAUACUCUGCAUGCAGUCACUGAAUCGGCAACCGGCACCCUCCGCCUGCCGCCAGAGGAGCCCCGGCGCGGUCCGGUCCGACCCGACGGGCCGUAACAGUGCCGGCUCGGCCCGGCCCGGCCCGGCCUUGCCGCCCCGGAGCUCUCUCGCCCCGCCCCCGGUGUGGCCGCCUCAGGCCUCCGCCACCGCCGCCAUGCCGGGCGGUGCGCGGGGCCUGUACCGGCGGAUCCUGCUGCUGCACCGGGCGCUGCCGGCCGCCCUGCGGGCUCUGGGGGACCGCUACGUGAAGGAGGAGUUCAGGAAGCACAAGGCCGCCGGGCCCGCCGAGGCCCAGCGCUUCCUGCGGGAAUGGGAGAACUAUGCAGCAGUGAUACAGCAACAAAUUAAUGAGGACAAACAAAACUUGAGAGAAAAGACUCUAUAUGGAAUCCAGCUCACAGAAGAAAAACUUAAUGACUUCCGUGAUGAACAGAUUGGGCAGCUGAAGGAACUGAUGGACGAGGCUACCAAACCUAAUAAAAAAGUCACCAUUUCUAAAGACUCGGAACACAAAACCUAAAAGGUUUUAAAAAUUGUUUUAAUGCAUAUGGAAGCAUUUUGAAACUUCUUUUUCUAGUUGGACUUGAAUGUGGUUUCUGUGGAAUAAUGGGUGCUGCUGAUGCCAUAACUUGUCUGAAAUGGAUGUCUCUGGCUAUUUGGCUUUCUAUGCAAGAAUAAAUGUUAAAAUGGAAUAAUCACAACAAUUUUAUGUUAAUUGCAAUAUUUUUUUUCUUCUAAUGGAAGGUGGAGACUUAAAAAUUCAGUAAAAGUAAAUGGACAUUUUUGAAAUAGAAAGGUUGUUUUUUUUUUUCUUUUUUUAUCUUGGCACCCAUAGGGCAAAGAAUCUUUCUGUUUGUAUGUCAUCCUCUGCCUUAAUGGAAAAGAUGCAAUUAGCAUUUGUUUUCUGAUGUGGAUUCAGUAGACGAAGAACAAAGGUAUGGUACUAGAGUGGGUUUGUUUCGAUGGAAAGAAAUGAGCAGUAUUAGAAAAACAUACUGCUGUUGAAAUUGAAGGUUGGUUUUAUUCUUGAGCUUUAUUGUGAAAUGUGCUUUAAAAUAAAAGAUGCAGUUCAUUAUUAAAUUGACCUUGAAGGAACCACUGGCUUAUGAAGAAAAUUCUGCAUUUUUUUCAAAGCUAGACUAAGAUUAUUGUUAGUAUCUAAAAUUUUUAAAGCCAUUCAUGAGUUGGUUGUGCUGUAGUUAGAAUUCAAAGGCUCUUUAAAAGCUUAGUAUCCCAUAUUAUUUGGUAUUUCAUAUAGACCAGAAUUUGUACACUCCUCAAUCACAGAAAUUAUCCUAUUGCUAAUACUGUAUGACAAACAUUAGUAAUUUAUUUGUAAUAGGUUAAGUCUUCCUCAGGACAAUGCGUGCCUAUUGUAAUACUCGUACUAUUGGGACUAAAAAAAGUUCUGGUUUUUUAUCUGUUAAGAAAAAACACACCCCUUUCUGUGCAAAAGACAGCUUUCAUUUCAUAUUCCAAACCUAGUUUUGUAUUAUUAGUUUUGUUCUAUUUCUGGACCUUUCCCUGUCUGUUACCCACAGCGUGUUCAAGACAACAUAAUUUCUUUCCUCUUGGGGGAUAACAGCUUUGACAAGUAAGCACAUUUCCAUCUGUCUCAAGUUGUAACAACAUGCUGUUUGCCAAAGCUACGCUCCUGGAUCCUAACAGGGGGGCAAUUUGGGGAGCAGCCUGCUUCUCUUUCCCUUACCUCUCCUCCCAAUUCUUUGCUAGGAUUUUAGGUUGCAGGUUGCUCAUUUCCAUUAAAAGUUCAAUUGCAAGACUCCUGUGUAAGGAACGCUUACGGUUGCUUUGCAACAUUUUCCUCUGGCCGCCCCAACCUCCAUUGCCUGUGCUGUAGGAACAUCGUUUAGCCUCAAGGGCCUAAUCCAAACAGGAUCGAAGGGCAGAGAUGACAUCCAGACUGCAGGGCUGGGGUUUGCAAGUCCCGGUUCUUGGUGUUUCAAGGGCAUGGUUGGAGAGAAUGGCAGCUCCCUUCUGGCCUGCUAUGUACCUAGGUCUUGCCCCAGCAUCAAAGUGGGAAGCAGAUGGGGUGUGCGUGCAGGAAGCUUGAAAAUUGUUUCUGGUACUACCAUUCACACAUGCCUCAAGCUUUUUUCUUUUUAAACUUCAAAUGUGUAAAAAUCUAAUCCAACUCCAGAGUUUAGAGCAUAAGGAUGUAUUCUGUCGCACUUCCAUCAGAUGUACAGUAACCAGUAAUUUGCAUCACUAGAUCUACUCGGUUUUAAUACCAAAAAGCAAUGUUUGGGUGUUGACAACAGAGUUUGUUUCCACUCCUUGACUGCUGGUACAUUUGUGCCUACUUUCCAGUCAAUAUCCAAGCUGCUUCAAAUUUAUUUCAAGUACUGCAAUUUAGAGCACAGUUAUUUUUAUCAACACAUUUAAUGAAACUUGUUAGUUCAAUGAAACUAGUUAGAAUACUUGUUUUGCAUCUGUCUACUCAUGUAUGUACCUAGAUGAUGCACAUUUCUAGAGGCUAAAUUAAUUUAUAAUGAAAAAGUGCUAUUUGGUGUGAAAAAUUUAAGCUUAUAAUGAGACCUAAGGUGAGCUGGAGGUGAAGGUAAACAUCGUUACAUCCACAGUCCCUUUUCUAGUAAAUCCAACAACUUUUUUCUUUCAUUCCCAACGGUAGCUCGUAUUUUGUACAAUGUUUGUAUUCUUGCUUAGAACAACUCUUACAAAAGCCAAAAUUCCAAAAUAGGAAUGAAACAUCUUUAAAGAUUGCUGGCUUUAAGACAGCCAGUGCUAGUAGUAAGGCAUGCUGUGACCUGAGCAGUGCUUAUGCAAGUGGUGGGCACGGGUGGCCCCACAGCUUUGCAACACCAACACCACUAUGCAUUAGUGAAAUUCUUUGAUUUACAAGGGUUGUUAAUGACAGUAAAGUUGAGGAAGACAAUGGGCUUGUCAUCCUGUCCACAGAAGGGUAGAGUGACAAAGAUGCUUUUUCUUUAAUUUUAUUUUUUUAAGAUACAGGAUACUUUUUGUGGGGAAUUUUACACAGGGUUUGAUGGAUGAUGAACAGAGGAAAGUAUCCAUCAAAACUACUUAAAAACUACAAGCAGCGUGCUAUUUCAAAUGGCAAUAGAGUUGCUUGGAAAAAAGAUACUAAUCACCUUAUAAUGAAAAAUAGCUAUGAUCACUUCAGAAAUGAGUACAAAGUUAUAAGCUGUGUUCUUUCUGUGUGUGUUGGUAUGGAUUGCUGUUAUACAACUAAACACUGAAAAGUGCCUACCACCCUUAAAAGACCUCUCUCCAUUCUGCUUAUCCAUUAAGAAAGAUCCUUUGUAUUUUGUUGAUCUUAGAUCCAUUUGGCUCUUCUAGAACUAAAAGAGAGUGAUAAAAUUGACUGGUUAAUUUGGCUAAACCUUGUCUGUGAUAACACUUUAUGUGAUCGCCUGGCAGCUGGUAGGAGUUGGAGGGAACUGAAGUUUUAGAUAGCUGGAAAAGGCAUGAGCUGAAGUCUUGUCAACAAGCAAACAAUUUUCAGAAACUUGUCUCAUUAGAAAUUACCAGUUUUGAUAUGCAAAAUACAAAGUUAUACAUCUUAAAAAGAACAAAUAAAAAUGUCAUUCUUUCAGUGUUUUAUUAUUUCUUUGAUGUUGGUUUAUGCUUUUUUAACUGGCUGUCCAGCAAGAGCUAUUAGAAUGUGAUGUUUCUUGCUUAAAAAUAAAUUAAUAAUUUAACAUACUGAAGGUAGGAUUUAUGAAGGAGUUUAAUUUCUCAGCUAUUUGGACUUUAAUCUUUUUGAAUUAUUAGUGGACUUUCUAUUUCUUCAUCUUGAUAUGUAUUUAUGAGAGGCUGGUUAUUUACCGAUGAGGCAGUGGCCAAGUUUUCACUGGCUUCUAGGUAAAAAUAUUGAACAAUUAAUGAAGGAGCAAUACCAUGCCUUUCCCUGUCUGUUAUUAUCUAUUUUAAUUUUACUCUCUAUAGCCAAACUAAUAGCAGAGGAAGGGCUGAAUCUCUCAGCAGACUGAUUUACUCCAAGUAUAAACACAGAGGGUACUGUUCUGCUGAAUCGCUGUAAAAGGCAUCUUACAUUCUAGGGCAAAAGAAGUCUCUAUGUGCCAUCCUGCUUAACUGUUGAUUUUCAGACCUCUGGGAAAGGGUCUCAAGGUAAAUUCUUCCUGCUGGAGGGUAUAGAUGCAGGAACACAGGUUUUGCAGGGCUUGUGUGAUAACAGAACUGCCUGACCCACCUCCUACCAAUCUGUGACCCGGUGCUGGAACAGGCUUGGUGCACCUGCCAGCGUUUGGUGCCCAAGAGCCUCACGGUGAGGAAUGGUGGUACUGGGAAUUCUUCCCCUUUGAACCGCAUUGGGAAGUUCACUGUAAAGACUGAUGCAAAUCAAAUGGUUGGUGUUAGAAGUGACAAUAAUUGCAUUUGUAAAUGAUCUGCUCUUGUGCAUGGAAGUUACGUACCUGCUGCAAAACCACUGGCUUUGGUAGGAACGUUUUCAGCAGUUUCAGUGGCCACAGCUCUGCCCUGGGAACAGACUUGACAGUGCUGAGUCCUUCCAGCUUUUCCAGUGGUUUGUGUCUACUGAUUAAGGAACAUAGAGAUCACAGAAUUUAAUUUUAUUUGCAUGCAACCAUUAUAUAAUACAGAGUAUUCUUUGUUCAUUGAAAUCGAGAGCUAUAAAUCAACGUAUAAAUUCAAUGUAUAAAUGACUAAGAACUGAAUGGUUUUGCCACUUCUAGCAGUGUGUGUUACGAGUAAAUGUCAGGUGUUUCAACAAGCCCAUUUACAUGAUAUAUGAUCCUACGCAACAGAUACUUGUGUCUGGGGAGUUCAGUGUUUAAUCUGCUCUCUAACAAUUUCAAAGCAUGUACUUGAGACUAUAAAAUAAGAAUCUGUUAUUUAUAAAAUGACCUUUAGUUACUGAGUAUCUGUCAACUUGUUAUAAAUGCUGAGGAACAUCGAGACAAGUGUGUAUUACUACUGUAAAGCCCUUAAUAAGCAGUUUGUUGAAAUACCACCAUUUGCAACACCAUUUCCAGCACAGAUGAGCCUUCUGUUUUAUGCCAAUUAUGCUCCUUGAGGGAUGAAGUGAAAUUUAAAUCAUCUGUUAAGUGAGCUAACAUAUUUACCGUUUUUUUCCCCAUAGGUUCCUAUUUCUGGUUUUGACUGGAAAAACAACUAGUACAGAAUCUAAAAUAGUGGUAUAUGUUUAUCCUGAGAGACUAACAGCAAAACCAGUAAGAUACGUAGAGGAAAGUAAGCUGGCAGUACUCUGUUGGGGUUGUACCAAAGGCAGGAUAUCACUUAGCUUUACUGUGGUGGAAUAAUGUACAGAAUCUACAGCAUAGAAAGUCCACCAGAGCAAUGGAAACUGGCCAUGAUCUUCCCUUGUACAGUAGACCCACAUCAAAAAUAGGAUGGUGCAGUCAGGAAUCAGUGAGUAACCCAAGGGGACGAUGGUCCAUGGUAGAUCCUUCCAACAGGCUCUGCCAACCAGACUGGGGUUUAAACUGCGCGUGGCUGAACCCAAGGCAUGCUGUCUGCCAGCAUCCCAUCCUAGGCAUGUGGCCCUGCUGGGGUUGAAGGCGGCUGUUAAAAGAGUGAGUUUUCCCUUUUUGGGUGCUGUAGAGAGGCAGUAAAGAGCUGCGGAGCAAUUCAGCUGAUCACAGUCUACGUUUCCUACUCACAGAGGGAUUCCCUCCUGCUACGUCCCCUCUACUACUCGAGUACAGGUUAACAAUACCGUGCUGUCUCAGUGAAGUCACCUUUGAUUAUGAUGCAGUAAGUUAAAAGAACUUUUCAAAGCUGAAAAAAAUAUCCUGUUAAUCAAAGACCCAGUUAGAACUGAUUCGAGAAUUUCUAUUUCAUUCUAUUUAAUUUUAUAAUGUGAACACAUGCUACUGGGUGGUGGGAAAAUUGACCUGACCUAAAUAUCUUAAAAUGACAGUUUCUUAGCCUCUUGGUCAAAAUCUUGCAAUCCUUUACCACUGGAAAACUUCAGCUUAAGGUGGUGGUGUACAGUGCUCCCAGAAUGUACCCUCGGGUACAAUAAAAAGGAAAAGUUAUUUGGGGCUUUUCUUUACAAAUGAUGAAACUCAACUCUUCUGCUUUUUUUUUUGAAUUAAAUUAUGCGAUUCCUGUUCAGUUCAGCUAUUCCAGAUUAACAUAGUCAAUUGGAAGAUCAUCUUGGAAAAGAAAUUAAGUACAUUUUUAUGUGCAUUGAGAUGCAAUAAAGUUUGUUCAGAUGCAUCUGUA